AUGGUUGAAGAAAAUUAUACCAUGAAACCUGAGUUCAUCCUCACAGGAUUUGCAGAUCACCCAGAUCUGAAAAACAUUCUAUUUGUGGUAUUCUUUUCCAUCUAUCUAAUCACUAUGAUGGGGAAUCUGGGUUUAGUGACCUUGAUUUGUACACAGCAUCAACUUCACACACCAAUGUAUAUCUUUCUGGGUAACCUGGCUCUCGUGGAUUCUGGCUGUGCCUGUGCUAUUACUCCUAAAAUGUUACAGAAUUUCUUUUCUGAAGACAGAAUAAUUUCCUUUCAUGAAUGCAUCAUACAGUUUUAUAUUCUCUGCACUGUUGAAACAGCAGACUGCUUUCUCCUGACAGCAAUGGCCUAUGACCGCUAUGUGGCCAUAUGCAGUCCACUGCAAUACCACACCAGGAUGUCCAAGAAACUCUGCAUUCAGAUGACCACAGGGGCCUUCAUAGCUGGAAACCUACAUUCCAUGAUUCAUGUCGGGCUACUAUUUAGGUUAGCUUUCUGUGGGGCUAAUCUUAUCAACCACUUUUAUUGUGAUAUUCUUCCCUUGUACAGACUCUCCUGUGUUGAUCCUUACGUCAAUGAACUUGUGUUAUUUGUCUUUGCAGGUUCCAUUGAAGUCUUCACAAUAGGUAGUGUCUUAAUUUCUUAUGUCUACAUUAUUUUUACAAUUUUCAAAAUGAAAUCCAAAGAGGGAAGGGUCAAGGCCUUUUCCACCUGUGUAUCUCACUUUUUGUCUGUUUCUUUAUUCUAUGGGUCUAUUUUCUUUAUGUACAUUAGACCAAACUUGCUUAAAGAAGGGGAUAAAGAUAUACCUGCUGGGAUUUUGUUUACAAUAGUAGUUCCAGUAUUGAACCCUUUUAUUUAUAGCCUGAGAAAUAUGGAAGUACUAAGUGUCUUGAGAAAAAUUCUUAAAAAAAAUAAUCUUAAGAAAUUUUGA